CACACGCACUCGCAUCAGCAUUUGCAUCACCAUCAACAGCAGCAACAUCAGCAGCAGCAGCAGCACCAACAUCAUCAGCAUUCUAAUGCGCAUGCGCAUGGGCAUUCCCAUUCGCAUUCCUAUCACUGCAAUUCGUCACAAAAGUCGCUGACGCAUCCGCUGCAGGCCAAGCUGGUGGCACUCGAGGCGAAGCUGAAGCAGAACUCUGGCUCGAAUUUAACAACAGUGGCAGCUGGCAUAGCAACUGCGACCGCAACAACAGCCAUGGCAGCGGCAGCAGCAGCAGCAGCCACAACAGCAUCGACAACAGCCGCCAAGAAGGCGAGCCGUGCGGCCGGCCUGAGGGAGACGCCGGCCAAGGAGCGCGAGCGAGAGCGGGCCAAUUGCAAAUAUGAGGCGAGCAUGGGCUUGCUGGGACGCUAUGGUAUGUCAAAUACGGCUGGUGUUGGCGGCGGCGGCGGCGGCGGAGGUGGCGGUGGGGGUGGCCGGGACGUUGGCGGUGGCGUUGCCAUUACCGUUUCCAGCACUAAACAGGCGGGCGCAGCACAGCAGCAGGUGAUGCCAGUGGUGCCGCUAAUGACGCAGGUGCAGCGCGUAAACAACGAUCUGACGGAUAAACUGUCGCGCAUGGCACGCCGGAACACGCUGAAAUUCCGUGAGCUAGCCGCACUCCAGGUGCAGGACAAGAACGCCGAGGCACUGCAGGAGCUGCAGACAUCCAUACCGGAGAUCUCGAAAAUCUUCGAUGUGCACUGCCGCAUCGGCAGCGGCACCUUCUCCACGGUGCUGCUGGGCACACUGCAGCGCGAACGCCAGCUGCCCGAGUCGCAGCGCCGUCGGUUUGCGAUCAAACACCACAAUCCCACCAAUCAUCCGGAGCGCAUUCUGCGCGAACUGGAGUGCAUGUUUCGCAUGGGCGGCGAUCACAAUGUGAUCGGGAUCAAUUGCUGUAUACGGUACAAUGACAACGUGGCCUUCGUGAUGCCGUUCAUGAGCCACGAUCGCUUCCACGAUGUCUAUCGCAAUCUGAGCCUGUUCGAGGUGAAGGACUAUUUGCGGAAUCUGCUGAUUGCACUGCGGCAUGUGCACAAAUUCAAUGUGAUCCAUCGGGACGUGAAGCCGAGCAAUAUAUUGUAUAAUCGACGGACGGGUAAAUUUUUGCUAUGCGACUUUGGUCUGGCCCAGCGACUGGCCGACGAUGGCAGCCUGAUCCAGGCAUCGGAUCUCAGCGGUGCGGCGGCCCUGCUGCGCGACAUGGACGCCGCCCAGCGGCAGCUGUUGCGGCACGACGGCUUCAGCGUACAGGCCGAGGAUGAGGCAGCGGCUGCGCAUCGCCUCCAAGCCGAUUCGGAGCGGCGCAUGCGUGCGGCGGGCGGUGGCACAACCGCUUUCGGUGAGUCCACCAAUCUGGUGCUGCAGGAGCCGACGAAAAAGGAUUUGGCCGCACAGAAGGCGGACACGCAGCGAUUGGUUAACCGUUUGCGCUACAUAAAUCCCAACAUUGAUCCCAACAACUAUGUGGUGUCCACGAACAAUACACGCAAAGAGAUGCAUGCCUCGCGUGCCGGCACGCCGGGCUAUCGUCCGCCGGAGGUGCUGUUGCGCUAUCCGCAUCAGACGACCGCUGUCGAUGUGUGGGCGGCCGGUGUGAUAAUGCUGUCGAUGCUGUCGUCGCUGCAUCCGUUCUUUAAGGCGCCCAACGACUGUGCCGCCCUGACGGAGAUCAUGAAUCUGUUUGGCGACCUGCAGGUGCGCAAGACGGCCUUCAUGCUGGAUCGCCUAGUGCUGAUCACACAGAAGGUGGCCGCGCUGGAUUUGCGACGCGUCUGCAUGCGAUUUCGCUAUGCCAACUACUUCCUGUCGGCGGAAGUGCAGCGACGCCAUCGACGAGCCGAUGGCAAUGUGGAGCUGUGCCGUCACUGCGAGCAGCCGACAUACAACUGCCUUUGCAAGCACAGCAGCCAUUCGCUGGAGGCAUACGAGGGCGUGGACAUGUUUCCCGCCCAGGCAUACGAUCUGCUUGGCCGCCUGCUCGAAGUGAAUCCUCAGAAGCGCAUCACCGCCGACGAGGCGCUCAAGCAUCCGUUCUUCAGUGAACACCAUCGCAUCAUCACCGGCGUGCCACUUAGCCAACUGACGGCACCGCCCAUCGCCGCACUGCGCUCUAGGGAAUCGCUGCAGGCGACCGGUUCCCGCACCCUAACGCCAUACAUCGCCUAUCCGCCCGGGAUCAAGCAGCUGAGCAAUGUGGAGCUGGGCAACAAUCGUACGGCCACCACAUCGACCACCCAUGUUUGAGAGUCUGUCGCCUAUAUACAUAUAUAUUUAUACAGUUUUCUUCACGUUUUUGUACGGCCAUCGCCCUUUUACCGGGUGCUAGCAAAUUUUCAAUUGAAUAGCUUCCAAAAAAAAAAGACUGAAAAAAAAUUCUAACCAAAAAAAAAAAAUCAUACACGAUUGCGAAAUCAUUCCGCGUCGAGUCGUGUCUCGAAAUUUGAAAUGUUCAAAAGCUUCCAAAUUUCCACUAGCAAUUAAAUAAGAGUUUUGAUGUUUUGUUCUUUUUACCGGUUUUCGAA